AUUACCAUUCAAAGAUUAUAUCCGGUGAUGUGUUUCGAACAAUUCUCAUAAUCUCAUGGAAAUUCUGUUUUCUUUAUCUUUUCUUUUGGAUAUACUAAUACGAUAGAUGAUGGGAAUAAUUUGUUAACCAUAUUUGUGAAGGAAACGUGAAAAUGGCAGGGAAUUUUUGGCAGAGUUCGCAAUACCAACAAUGGUUGUUUGAUAAACAGGAUUUGAUGAGGGAGAGGCAGCAGGAUUUAAAAAUUCUGAAUUCAGAAGAGGAUUACCACAAAAUACUGAUAUUUUUUGCGAAUUUUAUACAGUCUUUAGGGGAACAGCUAAAACUUCGACAACAAGUCAUAGCUACAGCCACUGUUUACUUCAAGAGAUUCUAUGCAAGAAAUUCUCUCAAAUGCAUUGAUCCCUGGUUGAUGGCUCCAACCUGUGUGUUUCUAGCAUCAAAAGUGGAGGAAUUUGGUGUUAUAUCCAACAGUCGCCUAAUGACAACUUGCCAGACAGUGGUGAAGAACAAAUUUUCCCAUGCCUAUCCUCAGGAGUAUCCAUACAGAAUUAACAGUGUGUUGGAAUGUGAAUUCUUCCUGCUCGAAAUGAUGGAUUGCUGCCUGGUGCUGUAUCAUCCCUACAGACCUCUAACUGAGUAUUUCAAAGAAUUAUCACAUGAAGAUUCACUCUACCCCCUGGCUUGGAGGAUCAUAAAUGACAGUCUGAGGACAGAUGUAUGUCUCCUAUACCCACCAUAUCUCAUCGCUUUAGCUUGUCUCCACAUUGCUAGUGUCAUACAACAGAAGGAUCUCAAACAGUGGCUGGCCGAGUGCAGCGUCGACAUGGAUAAGAUUUUAGAGAUAUCAAGGCAAAUUUUGGCAUUGUAUGAAUUAUGGAAGAACUAUGAUGAGAAAAAGGAAAUAGCAGGGAUCCUGGAAAAAAUGCCCAAGUCAAGAACUACCCCGGCUUCACCUCAAGAAGUUACUGCCCAGCAACAGAAUAAUCAACAGAAUGUGGUGUAAGAAAAUUCUUAUGAUAAUGGACAAUUCUUAUGAAAGAGUGUCUAAUAAUGUACAAGAUGUUGUGUAAAAACAUUUACUGAAAAAUUAUACAAAAAGGAGUAAAAAACUUUCCAGUACCAGUGCAUCCAGUUAAUGGAUAUUAAACUUUGAAAUUUUAUAGAGAAGAAACAAAAUAGGAAGUGAAAACUGGAAGUUGCCUAGCAACAUUUAAAAAAAGGAUGUACUUUAAAUGUACAGUAACUUUCUCUAAAGGUGCUUCACAAGGAUUUUGUAACUUUAUAUUACCAACUGAUUUGUUGUAAACAAUAUGAAAACAUUAAAUCACAAAAAAAAAACUUUGAA